CUACAGACAGUAUAGAAAAACCUAGGCGGAGUUGUCUGAAAGGCGAUCAAAACAUUCGGAGGUGGCGAAAUUAAGAUCACCGGAGAAAAUGAAUAUGGUGGUGGCAGAUCAAGGGAAGCUAAACCUAGAGGAGCCUCCUCCGCUCUGGGGAUCUCGCAGCGUUGAUUGCUUCGAGAAGCUCGAACAAAUCGGCGAAGGAACUUACGGGCAAGUUUUCAUGGCUAAAGAUAUUAAGACUGGUGAAAUCGUGGCUCUUAAAAAGAUCCGUAUGGACAAUGAAAAAGAAGGGUUCCCUAUAACUGCUAUCCGUGAGAUAAAAAUUCUCAAGAAGCUGCAUCAUGAGAAUGUCGUUGAGCUUAAAGAGAUUGUGACUUCACCAGGUCGGGACACAGAUGACCAAGGAAAGCCAGAUAACAACAAAUACAAGGGAGGCAUCUAUAUGGUUUUUGAGUACAUGGAUCAUGAUUUGACUGGACUCGCUGAUCGUCCUGGACUCAGAUUUACUAUUCCUCAAAUCAAGUGUUACAUGAGGCAACUACUCACGGGGCUUCACUAUUGUCAUGCUCACCAAAUUCUCCACCGUGAUAUAAAAGGCUCAAAUCUCCUCAUUGACAAUGAGGGACAGCUAAAGCUAGCCGAUUUUGGGCUUGCAAGGAUGUAUUCUCAGGAUCAUUCUGGAAACCUCACAAAUCGUGUCAUCACCUUGUGGUAUAGGCCCCCUGAGUUACUGCUAGGGGCCACAAAAUAUGGCCCAGCGAUUGACAUGUGGUCCGUUGGUUGCAUAUUUGCUGAACUUUUGUAUGCAAAACCAAUCCUACCUGGGAAAAAUGAGACUGAACAGUUGAACAAGAUUUUUGAGCUUUGUGGAUCACCUGAUGAAAAUAAUUGGCCUGGGGUUACCAAGAUGCCUUGGUUUAACAAUUUUAAGCCAUCACGGCCAUUGAAGAGACGCGUUAGAGAGUUCUUCGGACAGUACCAAGUCUUUGAUCGCCAUGCACUUGAACUACUGGACAAAAUGUUGGUGCUUGACCCAUCACAGAGAAUAACUGCAAAGGAUGCUCUUGAUGCCGAGUACUUUUGGACUGAUCCUCUUCCAUGUGACCCAAAGAGUCUACCCACAUAUGAGGCAUCGCAUGAGUUCCAGACAAAGAAAAAGCGGCAAGAGCAGCGUCAAAGAGAGGAAGCAGCAAAAAGACAGAAAGUGCAUCAUCCACAGCAGCAGCACUCUCGCUUGCCUCCGUUGCAACACGGUGGCCAAUCUCAUGCUGCUCCACAUUGGCCUGCCCAUCCUACUAACAACGCACCACCACAAGUACCUGCUGGACCUAGCCACCACUUCUAUGGGAAGCCGCGUGGUCCACCUGGUCCAAAUCGGUACCCUCCUAGCGGAAACCAGAGCAGGGGUUAUAAUCAGAGCCGGGGAGGUUACAGCAGCGGGUCAUAUCAUCAACAAGGACGGGGAGCUCCUUAUGUGGGCGGUGGUCCUAGAGGGCCUAGUGGUGGUGGUGCCUACGGGGUUGGACCACCUAACUACACACAAGGUGGUCAGCAUGGUGGCUCAGGAAGAGGUCAGAACACAAUGGGUGGUAGUAGAAACCAGCAAUACGGAUGGCAACAGUAAAUGACUCUAAAACAUUUGUUGCUCCUGUCAUUUGUCUAUUAUAUAUUUAACUUGUGAGGGUCAAGUGAGUCUGGUAAAAAACAUUAAUAUUGAAACUCUUAUGAAGACCACUUUAUAUGCUAUAUAUAUAAAAAUAGAGAAAUCAGAACAAAGCAAAA